UGUCGCAGAGAUAAGGGCUCUGACUGUCGCUAGUUUCACGCUCUGAAAAGCAUUUUAGAAAUAGGGUUAAGCGGGAGGGGAAAACGCUGUUUUUUCACAUUUUUAAAAGACACUGGACUAUAGGAUAUAGUGCACUACGGUGCUAGUCCCAUAGGUGACAGCAAUGCAACUUUUUGGAUGCCGGCUGUCGUAAAACCCCAAAGAAGAAGAAGAAGAAGUUUCACGCUGCUGCUGCUGAAUUUAUGAGUCGGCUGGAGGCUGACUGGAGGGCGCUGCUCAAAAAUCGCCUCACUCCGUGUACCUGUCUGUCCUCUUAUUUGUCGUUGGUUUGUAUACAAUAUCAAACGAACAUGGAGGGACAUACACAUAACUCCGUCUCCUCCAGAAACGAGAGAAAAGCAGUCGAAAGGACCAGAAUUGUGCAACGAGAGAAAGAGAGAAAAACACUGAAAACGAUAUCAGACAUUUUGAAGAAAGAAGAUGGUGAACGCACUGAAAUGGAUCUGGCAGCUUUACAGCAGCACCAAGACAUUGUGCAAGAAUUGUGCAAACGCCAAAUCCAGAGGACCUUGGUGAAGAGAAAGCAAGAUGAGUUGUUCGAUGAUGAUGAGGAGCUGAGAUUUAAGGUGAAACAGCUAGCAGAGGCAAUACGAACAUCCCAAAACCUGGUCAUUUAUACUGGAGCUGGCAUCAGCACGGCUGCAUCAAUUCCAGACUACCGUGGGCCUAAUGGUGUCUGGACAAAGUUGAAGAGGGGUCUGCCAGUGAGAGUGGCAGAUUUGAGUCAAGCUGAGCCCACUUUCACACACAUGUGCAUCAAGAUGUUGCAUAAAGAAAAACUGGUUCAGCAAGUGGUCUCUCAAAACUGUGAUGGACUCCACCUAAGAAGUGGACUCCCCAGGCAAAACCUCUCUGAGCUACAUGGAAACAUGUUCAUAGAGGUGUGUAUGACUUGCAUCCCAGUGAGGGAGUACAUACGUCUCUUUGAUGUAACAGAGCGCACAGCUGUACACAGGCAUAUAACUGGGCGACAAUGUUGUCAUUGUGGAGGAGAUCUUAGGGACACUAUUGUGCACUUUGGAGAACGAGGCACCCUGGACCAACCGCUUAACUGGAAGGGAGCUAUAGAGGCAGCUGAACGCUCUGAUACCAUCCUUUGUUUGGGCUCAAGCCUUAAGGUGCUGAAGAAAUAUCCACGCCUCUGGUGUAUGAACAGACCUGCUAAUAAGAGACCAAGACUCUACAUUGUCAACUUGCAGUGGACACCUAAAGAUGAUUUGGCCACUUUGAAAAUCCAUGGGAAGUGCGAUGAUGUGAUGUCACUAUUGAUGGAGGAGCUAAACAUUAAAGCACCAGCCUACAAUAGAGCGGAAGACCCAAUCUUCAAUAUGGCUACAACUCUUCAGCCAAAGGAGGAGGCCAGUCACACACGGAAAUUGUUAUUGCCACAUUCUGCUGUUGACACUGGUCAUCCAGAAUUCAGUGGCCAUGUAGAAGGGACAGAAGGGACACAAGGAGGCUGGUUUGGACGAGGUUGCAACAAGGGACGAAAGAAAUAACACAUGGUGGAUUUAAGACGAAAUGUAGAUUAAUGUGGCGAAAUGGCACAGUUUUGUAGUAUUUGUCAUUUUACCUUAGUAUUGUACUCCAUUGUCAUUCUCUUGCUGGGCAAGUCUGUUGCCUUUACCAUUCAUGCUUACACAAUUUCUUUGUCUUCAUUAAAACUUAUUUGUGCAUCAA